AUGAGUCUUAACUGUUCCAUGUGGCAGGACAACAGCAUGUCUGUCAAACACUUUGCGUUUGCCAAAUUCUCUGAGGUCACUGAACAGUGUUUCCUUCUAUUUACCGUCAUCCUACUCAUGUUCUUAGCAUCACUGACAGGCAAUGCUCUCAUAGCUCUUGCUAUCUGGACCAACCCAGUCCUCCACACCCCCAUGUACUUUUUCCUGGCCAACUUGUCUUUCCUGGAGAUCGGCUACACUUGCUCAGUCAUACCCAAGAUGCUGCAGAGCCUGGUGAGUGAGGUCCGAGGAAUCUCUCGGGAGGGUUGUGCCACACAGAUGUUUUUCUUUACAUUGUUUGCUAUCAGUGAAUGCUGCCUUUUGGCAGCCAUGGCGUUUGACCGCUACAUGGCCAUAUGCUCCCCACUGCACUAUGCAACACGAAUGAAUCGUGGAGUGUGUGCCCACUUGGCAAUAGUUUCUUGGGGAGUAGGAUGCAUGGUGGGCCUGGGCCAGACAAACUAUAUUUUCUCCUUGGACUUCUGUGGCCCCUGUGAAAUAGACCACUUCUUCUGUGACCUCCCACCUAUCCUGGCACUCGCCUGUGGGGACACAUCUUAUAACGAAGCUGCAGUCUUUGUCGUGGCAAUCCUUUGCAUUUCCAGCCCAUUUUUACUGAUCAUUGCUUCCUACGGCAGAAUUCUAGCUGCAGUGCUGGUCAUGCCCUCACCUGAAGGCCGCCAUAAAGCUCUUUCCACCUGUUCUUCUCACCUGCUUGUAGUAACACUCUUCUACGGCUCAGGAUCUGUCACCUACUUGAGGCCCAAGGCUAGCCAUUCACCAGGAACAGAUAAACUCCUAGCUCUCUUCUACACAGUGGUGACAUCCAUGCUCAACCCCAUCAUCUACAGCUUACGGAACAAGGAAGUUAAGGCAGCUCUCCAGAGAACCGUGGGCAAGAAAAAAAUUUUGACCCAUAGUUAG